AUGUUGAUUUCAAAUUCUAUUUGGUUUGCUGUUGAUUUGGGAUUUCGGGUUCUCAUAGAUGACGAGGGCAGUGACGACAGCGACAGCGGACGCGGACGCGGCCGCGGCAGCAGCAGCAGCAGCAGCGUAAAUUUACUGGUGGUCGAAUAUCAAAAAUCAAAGAAAAGCUAUAUAUCGUCACCUGAAAUUCAUAAAAGGCGUAACAAAGACGCCGAUCUUACGGAAACGGACUGUGUGCGCUACGGCAAGUGCAAAUGGUUUAAUGUGGCAAAAGGUUGGGGCUUUAUAACGCCGCAUGACGGAGGCCAGGAGGUGUUUGUGCAUCAGAGUGUCAUACAAAUGUCCGGCUUCCGAUCACUGGCCGAGCAAGAGGAAGUGGAAUUCGAAUGCAAGCUAACCGAGCGAGGGCUGGAGGCGACUCGUGUCAGCGGCAGCAAGGGACUGGAUUGUACUGGCAGUACCUUUCGGCCGCGCACAAAAAAGCGACGACGCGUACGCUGCUAUAAUUGCGGCAAAUUCGCCAACCACAUUGCGUCUAUGUGCCCGCAGGAACCGCAACCAAAACGCUGUCAUAUAUGCAAAUCCGAAUCCCAUUUUUUUGCCGAUUGUCCAACGCGGCUGGGACUCUCAACUGAAUCGGAAGAAACUCAACACGACGAUAAUGAGCAAAGUGAUGCUGCAGCCACGUGA